CGAGAGGAGGCGGUUACCGUAGCGGAGUGUUUGGGCUGUGUGUGUCCGAGGAUCCGCGGUAGGAGCCGCAGACGGUUUGUUGAGCCCGUUAGUUCCCGUGGCCGAGACUCUCGCCACCGCCAUGUCCCGCUAUCUGCGCCCCCCAAACACGUCUCUGUUCGUGAGGAACGUGGCCGACGACACCAGGUCUGAAGAUUUACGCCGUGAAUUUGGUCGUUAUGGUCCUAUAGUUGAUGUGUAUGUUCCGCUUGAUUUCUACACUCGUCGUCCAAGAGGAUUUGCUUACGUUCAAUUUGAGGAUGUUCGUGAUGCCGAAGAUGCAUUACAUAAUUUGGACAGAAAAUGGAUUUGUGGACGUCAAAUUGAAAUCCAGUUUGCGCAGGGGGAUCGAAAGACACCAAAUCAAAUGAAAGCGAAGGAAGGAAGGAAUGUAUACAGUUCUUCUCGCUACGAUGAUUAUGACAGAUAUAGACGUUCUAGAAGCCGGAGUUAUGAAAGGAGGCGAUCAAGAAGUCGGUCUUUUGAUUACAACUAUAGAAGAUCUUAUAGUCCUAGAAACAGUAGACCGACUGGAAGACCACGGCGUAGCAGAAGCCAUUCCGACAAUGAUAGAUUCAAACACCGAAAUCGAUCUUUUUCAAGAUCUAAAUCCAAUUCAAGAUCACGGUCCAAGUCCCAGCCCAAGAAAGAAAUGAAGGCUAAAUCACGUUCUAGGUCUGCAUCUCACACCAAAACUAGAGGCACCUCUAAAACAGAUUCCAAAACACAUUAUAAGUCUGGCUCAAGAUAUGAAAAGGAAUCAAGGAAAAAAGAACCACCUAGAUCCAAAUCUCAGUCAAGAUCACAGUCUAGGUCUAGGUCAAAAUCUAGAUCAAGGUCUUGGACUAGUCCUAAGUCCAGUGGCCACUAAUAGCUUAAACCAUGAUAUUUUUAGGCAUGUAUCAUUCAUUUACUCAUAGUUUGGUUUACUUAAAUUAUCAGGAAUACAAUGUUGCAAUGAUGCUUAAAAAAAACACACAACACUUGUUAGUUUUCCCUGUACCAGGCAAUGGUUAUAAUUAAAAUGAUAUGCUGUUGAGAAGCCACUCUUAAGAGUCCAGUUUGUUUAAUGUUAAUGGGCAGCUACCAAUUUGUGGUGUCUCUGUAUAUUUUUGUAAAGAUUCUCAUUUUUUUAUGCUUGAAGUAUUGGUGAAAAGAUGUUGGUUGACCAUAAUUUGCAACAUUGUUUUAUUCAAGAUAAACUUUCAUAUCCAUAUUUGGUAGAACUUGUUAACCUAGAAACGUAGCUUGUUAAUAAAAUAGAAUAAUACAAAAGUGAAGUUGUAGCCACAGUACAACACUGAAUGCUCAGACACAUUUAGGUUCAGGGUGGACCUUUAAUGUCUUACCAAGAUGUCUAGGCCCAUUAUAAUAUUUUAUUUAUGAAGCAGUGUGGAAUAAAUCGUUCUUUUGUUAUCCCCCACUGCCUUGGGGAAUGAUGCCAACUGGGUUAAGUAGCAUUUACAGGGAAAUUGAGUUUUUGACUGAAAUACAGAGCCUUCACUGCUUUUUUUUCUGGUUUCUAUGCAGAUUUGAAACAUAAAAAAUAUCAGAACUCACCUUAAAUUUGAGCAGGUCUUUGAUGACAUGAAUAAUUUGAGAGGAAAGAAUGCUGUUUUGUAGUUAUUCUAAAUUUUAAGGAGCAUUGUUGACCAUGAUACUGCUUCGUUUUCUUACUGCUGUUGGAAGCAAGUAAAUUGUUUCAAAGUAGGUUUUGUUUGUGUGUGUGCACAGUGUAAAAUAAUUGCAAUGCUUCUAGCACUCAGUUGGUUUGUGCAUUUGUAUCAAAAUCUGCCUACCUCUUCAUGAGGGAGGCUUGCUCUUCACACCUCAGUUUAUUUUAUGUGAGGCAAGUUGAAAGACGACACUCCCAUUACUAGGUGAUUCAGUGGUGCCAUGAAAUUUUAAAUAAUUGGGGGAAGGAUUAGUCAAUUUAAAGCAAGAGUCAAAUCUCUUGAGUCUUGAUUGAUUAUCAGUGUACUCACUGGUAAUUAGUACAUUAUUGUACUUGGCAGUACCUGGCUAAAAAUGAAGAAAUGAUACCUUUGGCUAUUCAUCAUUUCUAUUAUUUCUCUGAGAGAUUGUUUUGGGAGCCAUAAAAGUAACUUAAUGGCAUGUCCAGUCUCAUUUCAGAAUAAAAGCUAGCGUCUUUAAAAAUCUCAGAUUGCUGGCUUGCAGAUUUAAGUAAGAAAUAUUGUGGGAAAACGAUUCCUUUUAGAGGAUUACUUUUUCGUUUUUUGGUUUUAGUAAUCUAGGCCUGCCUGUAAAGAACAAAAGAUGGUUUUUAAAUACUGUUUGUGGAAUGUGUUCAAAGGAUUGAUUCUAGAACCUUUGUAUAUUUGAUAGUAUUUCUAACUUUCAUUUCUUACUGUUUGCAGUUAAUGUUCAUGUUCUGCUAUGCAAUCAUUUAUAUGCACGUUUCUUUAAUUUUUUUAGAUUUUCCUGG